GUACAUAGAUAUGUGAGUAUAAGUACACAGAGUGAGGAGAUGGACCCCCUGCUGCUGCUGCUGCUGCUGGGCUCAGGACUCCAGGCUGAAGGAGCAAUCAAACCACCAGAGCCUGUCAGGCUGGUGGGAGGAUCCAGUCGCUGUGCAGGAGACCUGGAGCUGAAAUAUCGGGGAAUAUGGAGACAAGUGCAUUAUCCUGUUGAGCACCGGACCCUGAAGGCAGCACAAGUUGCCUGCACAGAUCUCGACUGUGGCUCUGCUGUUUCUCUCAGACACAGAAGGGAGUCCUCAGAGAGACUAGUGUGAGGGAUCAGUCCUGACUGUCUUUAUUCUGGAUCUGCUCUGAGGGAGUGUGCAGCAACAGAUUCCUCUUCUGCCUUCCUGAAUCUCACCU